GUGAGAUUGUUUAUAAUGGCCACGAGCUUGCCUGACUUCCCUACUUUCUACUCCCCGAUGCAGCUUCAAUCCUUGACCCGAGAACACACGUCUAGAUGGCGAAGCUCGAACCCUACAAAGGGGGCUAUUAUCUCUGGCAAUAUCUGCCCUCGCUGGCGGCCGCCGCCAUCUUUACCAUCGCCUUCAUCGCCGCCACGGGGAUGCAUUUUGUCCGGUUAUCGCAAUGGCGAGCCCGCUUCUGUCUGCCCUUUGCGAUCGGGGGGAUCUUUGAAAUCAUAGGCUACGCUGCCCGCGCGUGGGCCCAUUUCAGCACCGGCAGCAUCAUGCCCUACUCGAUUCAAAGCGUCUUCAUCCUACUCGGUCCCGUGCUGUUCGCGGCGUCCGUGUACAUGACACUAGGGCGCAUUAUCCGCAGCACCGGCGGCGAGCAUCUCUCCAUGCUUCUAAUUCGAUGGCUCACGAAGACCUUUGUCCUGGGCGACGUCGUCUCGUUCCUGGUGCAGGGCGGGGCAGCGGGCAUGAUGGCCUCCGGUAGUAAUGCGACACUCGGCAAGGAUAUGGUGGUGGUGGGCCUGCUGAUUCAAAUCAUCAUGUUUGGCUUCUUCAUGGUCACUGCUGUGAUGUUUCAGAUCCGUCUGCAGGGACGUCCGACGCCUGGGGCCGUGGAUGGACGGAUCGAUUGGCGCGAGCACCUGUAUCUGUUGUAUGGCGUGAGUCUGUUCAUCAUGGUCCGCUCUUUGUUUCGGGUGGUGGAAUAUGUGCUCGGGAAUACUGGGUACCCGCUCACCCACGAGUGGACGCUGUAUAUUUUCGAUGCGGUGCUGAUGGUACUGGCCAUGGUGGCCUGGCUGGUCUGGUACCCGGCGAAGCUGGCCAGGCCUGACAUGGGAUUAGAAAUGUUAAGUCGCGAAGAGCGGGACUGA